CGCCAUGGACAUCAGUUCCGAGCAGUGAUUCAAGCCGAAACAAAGUACCUCCAACUCGAGGGAAGAGCGAUCGCGUGUGUUUAAAAAAAAUUAAACAGUGAGCAAUUCAGUGCAUUUUAUUUUAAGGUGAAAAACUCAUUAAAACACACAAAAAAGAAAAAUGGCUUUGGAGCGUCAAGUUCGUGCCAAGAUCGCCGGCAAACGUGACCUGGAAAAGGACAAGGAAGCCCAGUACUGGAUCGAGGAAGUGCUCGGUGAGAAGUUCCCGGUCGGUGUCCUGUACGAGGACGCCCUCCGGGACGGUUUGGUGCUGUGCAAACUGAUCAACAAACUGACGCCCGGAGCGGUGCCCAAAAUCAACACAUCCGGCUCGCAGUUCAAAAUGAUGGAGAACAUCAACAUGUUCCAGCAGGCCAUCAAAAAGUACGGCGUGCCCGAUCUGGACGUGUUCCAAACGGUGGACCUGUACGAGAAGAAAGAUAUCGCACAAGUGACGAGCACAAUCUUCGCGCUAGGACGAGCGUGCUACAAACACCCAGAAUUCCCCGGACCAUACCUGGGACCGAAACCCGCCGACGAGUGCAAGCGCAACUUCACCGAGGAGCAGCUCGCCGCCGGUCAGACCAUCAUCGGUCUGCAAGCCGGAACGAACAAGGGUGCCAGCCAGGCCGGCCAGAACAUGGGCGCCGGUCGUAAAAUCAUCAUCGGAAAGUAACUCCCUUCCUCCCGGAAACCCACUUCUCACGAAACAAAAAAAAAACACAAACACACCUGCACAUACGCACACCAACACAGCUGAAGUUUUGAUAUCGUUUUAUUUUGUUUUUACAAACAAAUUGUGUAUUUAUGGGUAGAUUUGGUUGAUUUAUUGCUUUACUCAGAAUCAUUUCGCGCAUAAAAGUGAUCCAAAACUCGAGCAAGAUCCCUGAAUAAUGAUAAACCAUUUUCUAUAUUUGCGUCGAUGCAUGAAUAUCGAUUAAAUGUAUACGGAUCUACCAAAAGAGAAAAAAACUGAGACUUCGCGUCCGGCAAGAUUUUGUAUUAAACUAUAAAUAUAUUUUGUACCUAUACGUAUUAUUAAGCGGUGAAUGGAGAACUGUAUUUGAAAAAAAAUAUGACCAGUUACGAAAUAGAGAUCAGAGAAGGAAAACAA